AUGGCGGCGAUCUCGCACCGGAUCGCAGGGUCGGGCCCCCGCGUCGCCGUUGUGGCGCCGCCUCGCCCGCGGGGGCGCGCCGCCGUGGUCGCGGGAGCUGCCGCGAAGGGCGCACAUCGGGAGCGGACGCUGGAGGGCGCGAGCGACGACCUGAGGGCCGCCGCGGCGAAGUGCCUGGACAGGGCUCCCGCGCGGCGUCGGGUGCGGGCCGCCUUCGCGCCCGUGCUCCCCACCCUCGACCACUGCCUCUUCAAGGUGGCCCCCAAGGGAAUCCAGAUGGAAGAGGGCAGGCGACUGGGCGCCGGCCACCAGGCCACGCCGGGCACCGGCCACCAGGCGAGGCCGCCGGCCACCAGGACGCGAGGAGCGGCUGGACGCGACGUACGUGUGCCCGGCGGCCGCGCUGUGCCGGGAGCGCUGGGACCUGCUGCGCGCGACCGAAGACAGGCGCUCCCCGCUCGGGAGGAGGACAUGGCGGCCAACGGCGCCGCGGGCGGGGAGUUCUACCCGGGUGCGCCGCUGCCGUUCGGGUUGGCGGAGAUCCGUGCGGCCAUCCCCAAGCACUCCUUGGGACUUUGCUGCCUUUCUGGUGGACCAAAGUUGCAAUCUUUAGGCAAAGUGAUCCUGGUGGCGCUGGCAGCCACCAUGCAUGUGGUGAGGUUCAAGCUUUACUGUCCUGUCAAUGUCGUGUGUUGGAAGCGCGCCAUCUGCCUGGAAUUCAUUGGGAAGGCCGAUGUGUUGGAGUACUAUGAUCAGACCGUCUCUUCUCGUAGCGGAUCCUUCUACAUCCCUGCAGUUUUCAGGGCCAAUGAUGCAAUUGGAGACUGGAAGGAGGAAGGUGCUGCUGCAAGAAGAUAA